GACAACCCCUGUGACUGACCUUCCCACACAGCACAGGCAAGUGAGUGCAGGAGUGUUUCAUAAACACACUAAGGUGUGGUCUCUCUCCAAAAGCGUCCGGCUUCCGUCUAUUCACAGCAGACCAUUAUCUGCGCAACAGGAGACGGGGAGGGGAGAGGUCUGCCCUCGGUGCGGACAGCAGAGAGGACGAUCGGCUUAAAAAAUUUAACACAACUCCGCAAAGAUGAGCUUGUACGGCUCCAACCCCAGACUGGCCUCCAUGGGCCCGAGAAGUAAUUCGCGACCGGAUUUGUCGAGUUUUAGAAACGACGUGUUCGUCGGUGGAAACGGCUUCCAGGGGGAUUACCAGCUAGGGGACGGCGGAGGAUACACCUACAGCUCCAGCUUCUCCAGGACCUCCGUGCACGGCGGGGGCCUCGGAGGACAGAAAGUUCAAGUUAGCACGGUUGGAGGCGGAGGCGGUGGAAUGAGUGCACAGGCUGUUCAGCAGAAAGCUGCGUUCCUGUCAAGUCAGUGUCAAGAAUACCUGCAGCGUGUUAAGAUGAUUCUCCAAACUGGGGGUCCAUCCAUGGAUGCAGAAAAGCUGUUGAUCAUGGCUGGAGAAACCAUGGAGCAGUUGAGGCUUUGUGGCAGAGACCUGCAGCAAAUGCGUAUACCUAAUGAUGUCAUCAGAAAUAUUGAGCAGUUCCAGCACAUGCAUGCCGCCCUGCAGCAGCAGUUAGUUGGUGGUAUGACCACAAGAAGGAACAGAGGCAGCGCAGGCUCCAUUGACGGGGGAAGGCUGUUUAAUGAUGCCAUAGCUUGGAUUUCCCAACAGAAGCGUAUGAUUGAGACAGCUCCAUUUGGAGAUGACGUCACCACCAUUGAAAAGCAAAUCAUGAGCCACAGCAAACACCACAGCUCUCUCCAGAGGAGCCAGGAAGUAGACCGUGCCAGAGAUGAUCUGAACUCAAAGGGUGACAGGUACAACCUCCUCAUCCUGGAGCAAGAAUGGGACAGUCUGCAGAAAAUGUCCCACAACCGUGUGAGUCAGCUGCGUGAGCUUCAGAGCAUCAUUGAGGAGAUCUCCCGAGGCAUCAUGUGGGUGAAUGAGAGAGAGGAGGAGGAGCUUGUGUUUGACUGGGGAGACAAGAACAUCGAUCAGUAUAUCCCCAAGAAGCAAGAGAGCUACUCUGGGUUGAUGAGAGACCUGGAGGAGAAAGAGAAGGAGCUGAACAAGCUGAAGGUGAAAGCAGAUGGACUCAUGAACAACAACCACCCUGCUUCAGAUAAGAUUCAAGCCUACAUGGACACCUUGCAGACACAAUGGAGUUGGCUCCUCCAGAUCACCAAGUGUAUCCAUGUUCAUCUGAAGGAGAAUGCUGCCUACAGCCAGUUUUUCAAGGAGGCCAAUGAGACAUAUGCAAAGCUGCAGAGGGAGCAUGAGACUAUCCGAAGCAAGUUCACCUGUGACAAGAACACCUCACUGGAAAACCUCACUGAACUCCUGAGAAACCUAGAGAGAGAGAAGGAGCGAAUCCUGGAGAAUAAGAGGCAGGUUCAAAGUCUGGUCAGCAAAUCUAAGACCAUCGUCAGGCUGAAACCUCGUAACCCUGAGGAGAAGAGCAGCAGCCCCAUCAUGGUCCAGGCCUUAUGUGACUUUAAACAAGACCAGAAAGGAAUUUUAAAAGGGAACGAGGGAAUCCUGAAGGAUAACUCGCAGCGCAGCAAUUGGCUCGUGACGGGACCUGGAGGUCUGGACAUGUUGAUUCCCUCUGUGUGUCUGUUGAUUCCCCCACCAAACCCACACAGCAUCGGCCUCGCCAGCAAGAAUGAGCAGUAUUAUGAAGCGAUCAUGAGCAUCUGGAACCAGCUCUACAUCAACAUCAAGAGUCUCAUCUCAUGGCAGUAUUGCCUGAAAGACAUCAAUUACAUCAAUUCCCUCACUUUGAGCAUGCUGUCUAACAUGCGUCCUGAGGAGUACCGCAGUAUCAUCAAGAGGCUGGAAACUCACUACCAAGAGUUUAUGCGUAACAGCCAAGGUUCUGAGCUGUUUGGGGAAGAGGAUAAGAAAACCAUCCAGGGUCACUACGACCAAGCUCAGAAUCACUAUGACACACUGAUUAUCCAACUGCCUGCUUACCGGCAUGAAGGGGUGAAGACUGAACCCAUAAAAAAGGAGCCUGUCAAGCCUGCGCCUAGCAAGACCAGUUCUACCCUCAGCCUUACACUGCUCAGUAGUCUGCGAGAACUUCGACACAGGCUGGAGGUCGCCGAGUCUGGUCUCACCAAUCAUCUCCACGUUCCCUUGGGUGACAACAGUGUGCAUGAGUGCUCAGUGCAUAUCCAGAAACUGCAGACAUUGCACCAAGAUUUGGACUCCAUUUAUGAUGAGUACCUGCAAAUAAGAGAAAAGAUAAUAAAACAGCUGGAAGAGAUGCCUCCAGGCUCUGAGGAAGCCAAGUUCCUCCAGUCUGAACUGGAAAUCAUCAACCAAAAACUGGGAGGAUUGCAGGGUCUCUACUCAGCCUACCAUCAAAGACUGUCAGCUCUUAAGGCCUUGCUCCAGAGCCUUCUCCAGGCUGAAGAUAUCAUUAAAGUCCACGAGGCCCGACUGACAGAGAAGGAGACCAGCUCUCUUGAUGUUCGAGAGGUGGAAAACUAUCGGAACACACUCAAGCAAAUGAAGAGUGACCUUGACCUAAAAAGAGACCUGCUGACAGCUUUGGAGUCUAACUUGGCUAAAGCGUUGCAUUGGAACAGUCAAAUCUUUGAGCCCUUCCACAAGUGCGACACUGACUUGGCCAAGUACUCAGAGCUGGUGAGCCAGAUGUCUGACCGCUGGCGCCGUAUCCAAACCCAGAUUGAUAGCAGAGUGUGGGACUUGGAGAAGCAGGAGAAACAGCUGAAACAUUAUCAGCAGAUCAGCACUUCGCUGCAACAGUGGAUAGACAAUGCCAGGAAGCGUCAGGACACCCUUCAGACGGCUAAGCUCAGUGACAUCCAGACUCUAAUGGAUCACCUCAACCAACAGAAGGCACUUCACACUGAAAUUAAAGGAAAGAAGGAGAAAGUUGAGGAUGUGCAGAAAAAUGCAGACACCUGUGCUGCCUCCAUAAAGGACUAUGAGCUGCAGCUGGCUUCCUACAGUUCAGGCCUGGAAACUCUGCUUAACAUUCCUUUAAAGAGAACAAUGCUUCAGUCCCCUGCUUCUGAGAUCAGACAAGAGGCGGCUAACCUCCAGUCUCAGUACAUAGAACUGCUUACCCGCUCUAGUGACUACUACAAGUUCUUAGGGGAGCUUCUGAAGAACAUGGAAGAGGUGAAGAUCAGGAACACCAAGAUUGAGAUGUUGGAGGAGGAAAUGAGGCUUCUGAAGGAGAACAUCCAGGAUCGUAACCAGAAAAUCAAGUCCCUGGAAGAUGCUUUGUCUCGCUACAAACUGGAGCUCUCUCAAUCAAAAGAGCAGCUAAUUUCUCUGGAGGAAGUGAAAAGAACCUCAGUAAUGCAAGUUAAUGCUACCAAGGAAAGCCUGGACUCCACACACAACCAGCUUCAAGAUCUUAAUGACCAGCUGACCCGCCUUAAAUACCAGCUGGAUGAGGAAAAGAGGAAAAGAAGGUUGGCAGAGGAACGUUACAGUAGCCAGCAAGAAGAGUAUGAGGGGGCUGUUCGCCGCAGACAGAAAGAACUGGAAGAACUCAACUGGACCAAGAUUGACUUGGAAAAGGCUGUAAAGGACAAGGAACGUGAACUGGAGAGGAUGAAGAUACUACUGGAGGAGGAAGCGACACGUCGACGAAACGCUGAGUCAGAUAUCUCAAAGGUAAGAACACAGUGCACCCAGGAGAUUAAUCAACUUAAACAGACUUAUGAAACAGAGAUCCACGUUACCAAGACCACAAUCCUGAAAGCCUCACAACAGAAAGAAGAAGACACGGCAGAACUGAGACUGCAAAUUGACAGACUCACUGCAGAAAAGAGAGAUCAAGAGGAGGAGCUGAGGAGACUGAGGCAGUCCAUUGUUCAAACAGAAGAUCGGAGAAGCAGAGCAGAGCAGGAGGCCAGCCAGCAGAGGGCCUCAGUGACACAAGAGACAAGGAUCCGCAGUGAGUUGGAGGUUCAGCUGAGAGCACUUGUGCAGCAGAAAGGAGAUGAUGAGCUCAAACUAAAGGAGGCUACCAGAAAGAAUCAGGAAAUGUCGAGGCAGAUCAGCAUGUUAACACUUAACCUGGAGGAGGAAGGGAAAAAGAGGGGAGCUCUGGAAUUGGAAAUCAGCCACCUGAAGCAGGUUGAGGCAGAGCUGAAGUCAAAGAACACUUCCUAUCUGGAGACAAUUAACAAGCUUAAAUUAUCCGAGCAGGAAAUCCGCAUCACCCGAGUAGAGCUGGAGAAACAGACCUGUGAGAAAACCAAGGCUGAGCAGAGUUCUGCCAGACUGCAGAGCCGCAUCCGCGAACUCCAGUCCUUACUGGAUGGGAUGGAAGCUGAGUUAGAGAAGCAAAAGAAAGCAACCCAGGAGGAGUUCACACGUAGAAAGAGAAUAGAGGCAGAGUUGGAGAGGAUGACUCAUACUUGCAGAGAGCACACCACUACAAUUAACACUCUGAAAUCUAUCCAGGUAGAGGUUUCCAGCACUGAAAGGAAGUAUGAGCAGGACCUCAGUGCCCUCCAAGAGGCUCUGGAGAAGAGCCUUAGGGAACAUAAAGUCACCAAGCAGGAACUGGCAGCUGUCACAGCAGAGCUGAGGACACUUAAACAGAAGAUCCAGCAGGAACAGGCUCGAAUUUUUGAGCUCAAUCAACGCAAUGAGAGCCUGUAUAGAACCAUUGAGGAGAAGAGCCGCCAACUUAAUGAAUACACCACAGAAAUUGAAAAACUGAAGACUCUGACACAAAACCUGACCAAGGAGAGACUGAGGUUGGAGGAGGAGCUGAGGGCACUCAGACAGGAGAAAGAUAAUCUGAAGCUUAGCAAAGACACAAUUAAUGAAGAAAGUGCCACUCAGAUCUCAGCCUUGCAUGUCCAGCUUCAGAAUAGUACCAAGAGGACAACGGAGCUCCAGGCUCUCAUCAAUGACCUGACCAAGGAAAGAGAAAAGCUUAAACUGGAAGUAGAAAAAAUCCAAAAGCAAUCCAUUGAGACAUCCAUGAUGGCGCAUGAGUCCCAAAGCCAGUACAGUGAGCUGCGGCUGGAGAGGGACACUUUGCUUUCUAAGCUUAAAUUGCUGGAGCAGGACAAGACCCGUUAUCAGCGCCUAGAGGAGGAGCUUACUCGCAUCAAGCUCACACUAGAGACUGAGCUCCGCCACAAACAACGGCUGCAGGAUGAAAAGGAUGCCAUCCACAAGGAUUUCAACUACAUGAAGAGCCAGUAUGAGCAGCGAGAAGGCCAGAUUAGACAGUGUGAAACAGACAGAGACAAGGUUGAUCGAGAGAGGCUGUCCCUAAAGAAUGAGAUUGAGAGGCUCAUGAGGGAGCUAAAGAGUGUAGAGGAGAGGUACAAGAGCCGUUUGUUGAUCUCCGAAAAGGAGGCAUCAGACUUGGCAAUCAAGAAAGAUGCCCUUGAGAGAGAGAUACAGAGGCUGCAGCGGAGACCCUGCUCUCUGAGCAAGCAGACCCAGACAGAUGAGAAGAUCCCAACAAUUGAUCCAUCCAAGCUGAUAUUUGAUGGGGUGCGCCGCAAAGUCACAGCCCACCAGCUUUGUGACUGUGGAAUAAUCAGUAAAGCUACUCUGGACCUGCUUCUUAAGGGGAAAAAAACGGUGGAUGAAGUAGCUGUGGACAUCCAGCUUAGUCUAAAGGGUACUGGCAUCAUUGCUGGCAUGAUGACAGGUUCUCAAGGGAAAAUGUCAUUCACUGAAGCAAAAAACAAGAAGCUCCUCAGCGGAGAGAGCGCCCUCAUGCUCCUCGAAGCUCAAGCAGCAACAGGGUACGUAGUGGACCCCACUUUUAAUGAGAAAAUGCCUGUGGAUACUGCCUGUUCAAGAGGGAUUGUAGACACAGAAGAUCGAGACAUCUUGGUGACAGCUGAAGCAGCUAGCAUAGGCUUCAAAGAUCCAUACACUGGCAAAGUGUUAUCUGUGGGUCAGGCUUGCAAACAGGGCCACUUAGACAAAGACACAGCUAUCCGCUUGCUCCAGGCUCAGGAGUCUGUUGGAGGCAUACUGGAUCCUGUUCUGAGUGUCUUCCUUCCAAAAGAUCUGGCCUUGGAUCGCAAUCUCAUUGAUGAGGAGCUCUACAGGGCUUUGAACAAAAAACCUACCUGUUACCUGGAUCCAUUGACAAAUGAGAAGAUAAGCUAUACUGACCUGAGGAAGAAGUGUACAGUGGAUCCAAUUGCUGGCUUUCUUCUGCUCCACGGUCCAGAAGGGACCGAGACAGUGAAGGGUCUCCGUAAAGAAGUCUCUAUUACAGAGCUCGUCAAGGCUGGACUGCUGAAUGAAAAUGAUGCAAAGAAGCUCAGAGAGGGCAAGCUCACCAAAAAGGAAAUUGAAGACAAGCUUAAGUCCUAUCUCUAUGGCUCUACCUGCAUUGCAGGGAUCUAUGAUGAGGCCAAUGAUCGAAUACUGCCUUUCUAUCAGGCAAUGAAGGAAGGUCUAAUCAUGAGAGGAACCACCCUGGAGCUUCUUGAGGCCCAAGCUGCUUCUGGCUUCAUUGUUGAUCCAGUCAACAAUGUCUUCUUGACAGUAGAAGAGGCCACAAAGAGAGGCCUGGUAGGAAAAGAGUUUAAGAAUAAGCUGUUGUCUGCAGAGAAGGCAGUAACUGGAUACACAGACCCAGCCACCGGAAAGACAGUCUCCCUCUUCCAGGCUAUUGAGAAAGAGCUUAUUGAGAAAGGUCAUGGAAUCCGUCUUCUUGAGGCCCAAAUUGCCAGCGGUGGGAUUAUUGACCCGAAAGAGAGCCACCGCAUUGAUGUUGCAGUUGCCUAUAGGAGGGGAUAUUUUGAUGAGGAGAUGAAUGAGAUCCUAACUUAUGAAGGAGAUGACACAAAAGGAUUCUUUGACCCAAAUACCAAGGAUAACCUGACAUAUAUUCAGCUGAAGGAGAGGUGCAUCACAGAUGGCAAAACAGGCCUCAUACUCCUGCCCCUCAAAGACAAGAGCAAGCCCCAAAAGUCACAGGAAAGCCGUACCAAUGUCCUUCGCAAGAGGCGAGUUGUGAUUGUUGAUCCUGACACUGGGCUGGAGAUGUCAGUAAGGGAGGCCUAUCACCGGGAGCUAAUUGACUAUGACACUUUCCUGGACUUGUCAGAGCAAGAGUGUGAGUGGGAGGAAAUAACCAUAAAGGGUUCUGAUGGCUCUGCACGUUUGGUGAUAGUGGAUAGGAAAACAGGAACCCAGUAUGACAUCAAGGACUGCCUGGAACGUGGUAUCAUUAACCAAAAGUCUUUGGAUCAGUAUCGUGCUGGAACGCUAACCCUGACCCAGUUUGCUGAUGAAAUUACCAACAGAACCAGCAGUACUGAGAUGACCAUUGCAGCCAGUAAUGUUGAAGACAUGGUCACUUGCAGCAGUCCCACCCAGGUCUCACCGUCUUCUCCUACUGUCCGUAAACGUUUCAGCAGUAUUUCUAUUACUGUUUCUCCUCCUGAGAUGUUUGACGAUCAUAGCCCUGUGGCAGCUAUAUUUGACACAGAGACCUUGGAGAAAAUAACUAUUCCUGAAGCACUCCGAAGGGGCAUAGUUGACACCCUUACGGCACAAAGGCUACUAGAGGCCCAGGCAUGCACAGGUGGUAUCAUCAACCCUGCCACUGGUGAGAGAUUGUCAUUGCAGGAUGCUGUCCAUCAGAGCCUCAUUGAUGACAGCAUGGCCAGUAAGCUGAAACCUGCCCAGAAAGCCUUUACUGGUUUUGAGGAUGUGAAGACUAAAAGAAAAAUGUCUGCAGCAGAGGCGGUGAAGGAGACAUGGCUGCCCUAUGAAGCUGGCCAUAGAUUUUUGGAGUUUCAGUACCUAACAGGAGGCCUGAUAGAGCCUGGCACUGGACGUCGCAUCACCAUUGAAGAGGCUAUCCGCAGGAGUUGGCUAGAUGGUCAGGGGGCUCAGAAGCUCCAGGAUACUCGGAACUACCAGAAGAAUCUGACCUGUCCCAAGACAAAAUUGAAGAUAUCCUACAAGGAAGCCAUGGACAGCUGCAUGGUGGAGGAAAGCAAUGGCAUGAAGAUGCUGCAGGCUUCUUCGAUAUCCUCCAAGGGGAUCAGCAGCCCUUACAAUGUCUCUAACCCCGGAUCUCGCUCUGGGUCCAGGGCAGGUUCCCUCGCUGGAUCCAGGAGUGGAUCUCGUAGAGGCAGUGUGGAUUACUCCUCUUCCUACAGCUACAGCUUCUCCUCAAGCAAUACCACCUAUAGCUCCAACAUUCACUCUUAAUACACAGCAUAGAAAAAUAAUGAAACUAGGGUAGUUAUUACCAGCAGUUGCUAAGCAGUUUGCUUUUCUAAAUGUGUGGGUUUUAUGUUUUUUGUUUUUUUUUUUUUUUUUGCUACCUAUGAGAUUUUGGGAGGUUUGUUUAAAUACUAAAUCAGAAUUUUAAUGAUUUGUUUUUGGUGAUUUUGUGCUUCAUUAUUCAACUUCAUGCAGAGUAUAUAUAAUACUCUUAUUCUAAUGCAUAAAAGUUAAACAUUUUUUGCAGCUCAUUUUAAUGUAAGGCUUUUUUAGAAUUUCACAGAUAUGCUCAUUGACCUCAGCAUGCAGUCAAAAUUAAUUUUGCUAUUUUUUUACUCUUAGUUUUUUGCAGCUUGACUUGUCUCCUAUUUUUUAGAAAAAAACAUAUAUUUGCAAGUGUUGAGGUUUUGCUGGAAAUAUUGAGUUGACAAAGUAAUGAUUAGUUAUGAAAAUCACUGCAGUGUUAUUUUCAAAUGAUUAAAAAUAAAGUUGUCACAACAGUUUUGAUUAA